UUCUGAGUCAACGUUGGAUUGACCACACCGGCCUCUGCAGCCAUGCCGCCAAAGAAAGACGAUGGACUGGCCAAGAUGCAGCGCAAGAUCCGCAAGCGAGGAUACAUGCGCACAUUCAUGCAGGUGUACCGGAACCGCGAGCGGUGCGAGGUCGAGAGGCUCAAGGCCCAAGUGGAGGAGCUCGAGCUCGACCUGGCCAAACGGUUGGUCGAACGGAAAGCAGCACGGAGCGAGAAGACCACCAAGAGCAGUCCACUCGAGUCGGAACUGCCUUGGAAAGAAGUGGCGAAGGCCAUGUACGAGAUGAGUCAGGAAGUUGCUACCACCCGUCGGAUGCUUCAGCACGACGCGGCCGAAGCCGAGGUCGUUGGACUCGACUUGCAGGGCUGGGUAGCCUCCUUCGGCAACCCCACGGCGCCGCUGAGCAGCCGGUGCCAGACCUGGCGCGAUGUGACGCUGCUGUCGCACCCGCGGUCGCGGCAGCUGGGCAAGCAGUGGAUCACGCAGCACAUGUAUCACAACGCCAACCGCAUUUUCCAGCAGCAGGAGUGUCCUCCCGCGUACUACAACAUCAUCGACAACAGCUGGGACAUCGACUUUUCAUCGGGCGAGUGCUACUACAUCGUCGAGCGCGGCCAUGUCGACUGGAACAUGUCGUUAGCCAACGUGCAGUCCAUGUUUCGAAACCACAUGUGCUCCAUGUUUACAAUCGAUGCUUUUUGUCCCCUCACCACCAACACGCUGGCGGAAGCGUCCGACAACACGGUGCUGCAUCAGUUGGUUCCGUCGGGGGAGAGCAGCCCUGUGACACAGUACGUCAACCUCCUCGGCGCCGAGUUCAAUGAAAGCCACGACCGGUCCGUGGUGGUUGUGACGCAAAUCCAGGACGACGAGAUGGCGGCUCACAGUGCCACGUCAUUGCCCCAACGCAGCCGCAUGACGUGGGUUGAGUUCAAUGGCGAUAGCCACCGGACGCGGGGGAGAUACGUGUCGAUCGUGUCGCAGCAGUUUACGACCGGCGGCGGGUUCGUGUCGAUGGCGGACGAGGCGCGGGAGUGGGGCUUCGACCUGAGCCAGGUCCCGCCGUGGGAGCAGGAGCAGCUGUUCGUGCGGCUGCACCGCCAGCGCCACGAAGGGCUGAGGGCGUCCCGGCAGCGAUGGUACAGUGAUCUCAUCACGCAGGAACUGACCACCCGCGAGUAUGCACACACGAUCAAGCUAGAGCCUGCAUCACGAUAACUAACGUUGCAGUACGUAACAGCGACACAAUCAAAUGUACUGAAUAGGAUUGAGCCAAUCAGAUUGCAGAAAACCAACAUUGAAUUAGUGUGUGCC